CAGGUCCCAAUUCGUCGGGUCCAUAUUUUCACAACAAUCCAGUUGACAUGUCUGGUUUGUCUCUGGGUUAUCAAAUCAUUUUCUAUGACCUCGAUCCUCUUCCCACUGAUGCUGGUGGUGAUGAUUGGCAUCAGGAAGGCUCUAGACCUGUUCUUCACAAGAAGGGAAAUGAAAAUACUCGAUGACGUGAUGCCAGAAAUGACCAAGAGGAACCAGGAUGAACUUCGGGAACUUGGCGAUGCGGAGGAACCCACAAAAAGCAACCCGCCGCCGUACCAAGAGAAUCUGCAAAUACCUCUGAUCAACGGGAAUAUCAUGAACAUACCUUUGACAUCAAUCAAUAUCUCGGAGGAAGUUAACAAAACCGGGAUAUGGAAACAAGUCAAUAAUAGUAACAGAAUGAAAAAAGAUACGAAGAACAAAACGGGUAAAAAAAAUAACAAACACAAGAAAUUAAUAAUGUCGAAAAAUGCACAAACUGAAAUCGAGAGGAGACUAUCUACCAUGGACGAGGUGGAAGAAGACGACUCAUCGACAAAGAAUGAGCACGUAAGGCGCAAAGAUUCAUGGAGCAGCGGUAUAAGAAAAUCUGAUUCUAGAAAAGGUAGUUCUUCAGCUGAAACUUCGGUCUAA